AUGGCUACGGAGGGAGGACAGUGUGGCGAGCCCAUUUUUUUCGUUUUGGGGGCGACGGGAAGUGGAAAGUCAUUGGCGGCUGUGAAUGUUGCAAAGGCGCUUCAAAACCGAUGUGGUGUUAGACAUGUUGCAAUUGUGAACUGCGAUGUUAUGCAGUUUUACGCUGAUCUUCCAAUUGCGACGAAUAAGGUUUCUUCGUCUGAAAUGGAGGAUAUUUAUCAUUGCUUCAUUGGUUUCCUUUCCCCCGGCGGAGUGAAAAUUCGAGACCCCACUAUACCUUACAAAGGAUCUGACAAAGAGGAAUAUGAGUCGAUGCAGAGUUCGGAGGAAAAUGAGGUGUAUAAUAUUCACUCGUACGUGCGCGAUGCGGUGAGGUUCAUUAGGACUUUUUUUCGAGAACACGCUUCUGCUGCUAUUGUUGUAUGCGGAGGUACGUGCUACUAUGCGCAGGCACUUUUAUUCGAUAAUACUUUGACAUUGGAAGAUGAUAAGGACUCAGUGUAUGAGGAGAAAAAGUUUAAUUUUUCUUCCUCUCUAGAAAACUACGAGGGUAAAAGUCUCUGGCAAGAGCUGAAUCGAGUGGAUCCUGCUGUAGCUAUUCGCUAUCAUCCGAAUGAUACGAGGCGUAUUUCCCGUCUUCUUGAGAUUUAUAAAAAAACAAAUCGUUUGCCCUCGGAAAUUUACGCCACUAGGCCAGAUCCCUGCUUUCGCUUUUGCCCAACGGAAUGCUUUGUACUAUGGAUACAGGUUCCGUAUGAAAAAUUGAAAACCAAAUUAGAUGAGCGAGUCGAUAAAAUGGUGCAACAGGGUAUUGUGGAGGAAUUUGUUGAGUUUGCACAAAGACGAAAAAAUGAUGUUUUUGACAUUGGUUUAGCAAGGGCAAUUGGUUUUAAGGAGUUUAUUACAGCGUUUGCUGAAAUCGACGGUCAAAUGCGGGUAAAGGGCGAAUGUGAAUUGAAAAAUUCUCUUGCUCUUUUGAAGAGCAAUACCAAACGGUAUGCUCGACAACAAGAUCAAUGGAUCAAGAACCGUUUUCUUGGUCGUCUUCGUUUUGUUUUUACCUCGCUUCAAGGAACGAGGAAUUUCAUAACUAUUGACGCAUCGAAAAUGUUGUCAGAAUUUAUUGAAACGGUUCAAAAUGCAACAGAGUUUCUGUUGAAGAAAGAUUCACAAAUGAUAGGUGGAGUAACAUUGCCGUUAACUGAAACUAAAGAUAAACCAUCAGCGGUGAAACAAGAGUGGUGUGAGCUCUGUGAAAUCUUUGUUUGCGGGGGAAAUCAGAUGAAAGCACAUGCAACUUCGAAACGACAUCGCGGUGCAGUAAAACACGCCGCUUUAGUGAGGGAACAGGGGGAAAAAUACGGUCGCGUGAUUCCUCGUAAAAGACAACGAUUGAAAUGA